AUGACGCUCAACUCCAACAGCAUCCGAGUGGAACGAAGGGACGUCAGUGGUUCCAGGCAACUGACGAGAAUGGACGAUAAGGAAGGAGCGGAGGGUCUGCAGAUAGACUCAGACAUCUAUGAAGUGCCAAAGCGAGUCACGUUCGUUGAGCAGAAGAUUCUCAGUCAGAUCUUGUGGGAAGGAAGGAUCACUGACAUUCCGAAUCGAGAAGAUCUUGAGACGAUGAAUGUGCUCAUGCUCAGGGACCUCUGCAGGGACUUGGGUCUGGUCCAGAAGGGCAAGAAGGUGCAGCUGAUUGAGAGGAUCGACUCGUCAAGAGGGAAAUGGUCGAAGGAGCAGGAGCUGAAGUUAGCAAGGAUGCGGAUGCGGGAGGAACUCGAAGCCAACAUGCGGACACGAUGGGAGCUGAAGAGAGAUUUCCUGUAG